AAACGGGGAGCAGUUUCCAUAGCAACCUCUUGUACUAUGGGUGUAGCGAAGCUUGGAAGAAUCCGAACUCUGCCCGUGAUCUGCGUGUUUGUUGGUGGUUCGUGUCCUGAAAAAUGGUAAUAUUAAUUUACACAUCUGAGAAAUCAUGAAAUCGGUGUCACUUGCAGCCAUUUUUUGGUGUAUCCUAAUACCAUCAUUUGAGACCAGCAAGCAAUUUGUGCCUAAUGGCUGCCACUGUGUAUGCCCACCAUAUCAGAAUUUAAGUGAAAUCAUGUUCUGGAAAAAACUAGUUCAGGAUGACUGUAAUUGCCUGUAUACAGUGGACCCAAUGCCAGUGCCAAGACAUGAAGUUGAGGAGUAUUGCCUGCUGUGUGAUUGCAAGUUUGUGGAAAGAAAGAAAACCACCACUAAGAUCAUCCUCAUCAUUUUCCUCUCAGUGUUUGGAGCUAUUUUACUCUACACAGUCUUUUCAAUGGUAGUUAAGCACUUCAUCCGUAAACCUGAUACCUACACCAAGCCCCUGCACAAUAAAGAAGAGUCAGAGGAUCCCCACGCUUGAUCUCUUCCCCAAGCUACCUAAGAGUAUAUGCUGCAUUUGAAGCAAGCUACUAGUUGCACAUUCCAUUGAUGAGGACUGCCAUUUGCUUUAUUUGUUGCUGCCAGGAAAAUAAUAACUGUAGGAUAACUAUUUGACUUCAAAAGUGAGAAACAAUUACAACUUAAUUUCAGUUCUAUAAUCUGCCAAGCAUUGGUCUGGUUUGGUGAUAAAAAUGUAGCAUGCAUUUAUUCAUUGCUUACAAACCUGAAGCUUAGCUUUUAGCUCGAGCAGGAUGUAUUAUUAAUGGAAUAAAAACAGCAACAUCCUUUUCAUUCCAUUGACUGCCAAUAUAUGAUAUUUAACUCUUGCAAAAUAUUUGCAGAGAAAUGUCUUGGAUUCUGUCUUUAAAGCACUGGUUUGAAACGUUGGCACCAAAGACAAAAAUGUAAUAAGGGAAAUUAAUUUAGCAAAAAAGGAGUUACUGCAUUUGGCUCAUAAAUUCUUACAGAUUCUGCCUUCAAGGAUUUUUUUUCAGGAUAGUUAACUUUACACCAAAGAAAUAUGGACAAUUUUUUUUACCACUGUCAUAGUUAAC